GUCAGUGUCCUGGGCCCAUGAUGCUACCCUUUCUCUCUGGCACUUUUCCCCUUCCUGCCAUUUGGGGGGACUGGUUGAGUCCUCUGGCCGGGCUGUGGUUCACGGAAGCCAGUUUCCGUACCUCUGCUGGGUAGGCAGUGGGGGGCUGUAUCCACGUCCCCCCCAAGGGGUGGAGUGACCGCGCAGGGAUAUGCCAGAGCGGAUGCCACUGUCUUUACCCUUCGCUUAGCCUUCACCUGCAGGUCAAAGUAGGCUCCACUUCCGCUUGCCUACCCCAGCCUGUCCUUUGGUCCCAAGAGCAAACUGGUUGAACUAGUGGAGGUUGUGCGGAUGCUAAGUCCCGGGCUUCAAGACCUCUUCCCUGUCACCCUGCCUUGACCUGGCCGCUCCUGCAGCUGAAUGGACUUCUCUCUGGGCCUACGUUUGGGGCCUCGGAACAAGAAGGCCAGCCACCAACAUCCCCCUCCACCCUCCGGGCACGGCCCACCAGCUGCCUCCCCUUGUCUGUCCUGCCCCCCCUCUCCCUGUGCCUGCCCCUGCCCUGGCUGUCCGCCUCCCACCUGCUCCUGCACUACCUAUCCCUAUUAUGCAGCUCCCUGCCCCUCCUGUCCCGGCCUCCCUGGCCCACCCUGUACCUGCCCCUGCCCUCCCUGCCCUGCCUGUCCGCCCUUGACUUGUCCCCUCAGUUCCUGCAGCCCCUGCUCUGCUCCGCAUUUGACCUGCUGCCACCCCUCUCCCUGCCCCAUGUACCCUUGCUCCAGGGGUCAAGCCGCCUGUUCCAGCUCCUGCUUGGGCUGCAGUGACAGCUGUGGCCGUGGCCGGGGGGCUGCCCGGGGACCUCCAGGCUCCGCCGGCCGCUGCAGCUGCUGCUUCAGGGGACACCGCACCUCUCGACACUGUCUGAUAGUCUAGCUGGGCUGUUGCCCCUUGAGAGAUUGCCAGUCUUCCAGGACACUUCUGCAGCUGCUUCCUCAGGGAGGAGGCAGAAGCUCUGGAGGACGGAGAAGGAUCAGCUGGACCCCUCACCCAGGCAGGGAGAGGAGGCUGGCUGCUGAGAUCCCCCGGCCUCCUCCUCAGUCCCGGGACGUCUGCUUUGAAGCUAGUUUCUGGGCGUGCUCUCACUGGUUCCAGAACCUCCUCUUCCGCAACUUCUGGAAUGGAAAGUGUUCUUCUCAGAGCCUCUCCCACGGCCCCUGAAGGGUGGCCAAAUAGCUCUAAGUGGUGGAGAAAACUUCUUACUUACAGAAGAACUCCAGCUAAUGUAGAAGGAAUAUGGAAUUAGAAAAAUCACCAUUUUGCAACCCCUUAAUGAAAUAAUUGAUCAAAGCAAGAAUCGUCAAUGGAUGAAACCAAGGAUGGUGGUUGAUGGAGAACUUUACAAUGGAGGAAUAAGGCUGUCACUACCUGACCCCACUGAUGAAUCUUAGCAUCGCUAAAAAUGGCACAACCACAUGCCGUGUACCUCCUGAUGUGAUGCAAUCUGAAGCACUCAGCACCACCUGUGAAGGACUCUUGCCAAACAAAGAAACAAACAAAAAAACUGAACAUGAUUCUAAUCAAACCUCUAGAGCUAACCUCCAUUUAAUGAGAAAUAUGGGGGGUGGAGGAACAAAUUAAAUGACAAAACAAGGAAGUGAGAAAACAUAUCCAGAACGUGGGACAUUCUAAAGGAGAUCUGACUGGAUUUCUUCAACUAGUCAAUGGCUGGUGGUGGUGGUGGGGAGACCUUGUUUGGUUCCUGAUUGGGACCACCCAAUUGUAAAGAGACAUUUUUAGACUGCUGGAAACAUUUAAUUAUGAACUGAGUACUUACAAUGCCAAGGAAUCUGUGUUGAUUUUGUUAAAUGUGAAAAUGGCUUUGAGGUUAUGUAGGAAAAGGUCCGUAUUUCAGAUGCACACCGAGUAUGGAGUGAAGUGAUGUAUUUAAUUUUAAGUAUUUUGGCAAACGAAAAAAGAAAGAAAGGAGGAGAAGAAACAAAGGGACAAAAAUCAAUAUUGUUGAAUUAAGUAUAUAGGGUUUCAUAGAACUAUGCUCUCUACCUUUAUGUAUGUUUGAACAUUUUCAUAACAGAGGUUUUAAAUGAUGCUCCUCUGGUAAGCAUGGUUCCUAGUAAUUCCCAGAGCAUCCUCCCCACCUGCCCUGAAAGCCAGACUUCCCCUGUGACUCCCCACACAGAGACCCCAGCCCUCCUUGCCCUCUACUAGGAGUGUGUCCUAGAGAUGGAAUUGCACUCCCAGGCUGUCCUUUAUCCCCUUCAGUCCCCUGCUGCUCAGCUGACACAUUUCCCAGCUGUGCUUCACAGCCUCGAGGGGCCAGGGGAACCUUAAAGAGUUAACAUAUUUUGAAUAGGUCCUACAAUAAAAGUAAUCCAAAAUAAUGUAAUCUUCCUUAAAGUCUCUCUUUGUCAGGUGCUUCUGAGCAAAAUGCACCUCAAUAAUGGAGAGCACUGGCCUCCAUCCUGGAAAGCAGAAGACAAAGCACGUAAGGCCAUCCUGUCCCACUCCCUGACUUCAUUCAGGAUGACCUCCUCCCUCAAAGAAAAGACCACCAGGAACUGAGAGACUGGGUGUCAGGAGUUCGAGGGGUUUCAGUCCAGGAUCAGAAUAGAAGGCCAUUUCGAUCCCUUAUGCCCUCACUCACUGAAUGACCUUGGGAAAUGAUGAUUUUUGAGUCUUCGUGUUUCUAGACAAAUGCAUGGGAACCAAUACCUUUUCUACUCUCUAGAAGUUUGCCAGUUAGGGAUAAAGGCAACUUGGAACUUGUAGGAUAUAAAUCUCAGCUGUUUACUUUAUCAUAAGAAAGUAUUUCUCAAGUUAUAAUUCCAGAUCCUCCCACCCUCUACCCUCCAAACUUUAGUAUAAAGAAAAACCAACAGGGGCUUCCCUGGUGGCGCAGUGGUUGAGAAUCUGCCUGCCAAUGCAGGGUACACGGGUUUGAGCCCUGGUCUGGGAGGAUCCCACGUGCCGUGGAGCAACUAGGCCCAUGAGCCACAACUGCUGAGCCUGCGCGUCUGGAACUUCUGCUGUGCAACGAGAGAGGCCGCGACAGUGAGAGGCCUGCGCACCGCGAUGAAGGGUGGCCCCCGCUUGCUGCAACUACAGAAAGUCCACGCACAGAAACGAAGACCCAACGCAGCCAAAAAUAAAUAAAUUUUUUUUAAAAAGAAAACCAACAUUUGCUAAUCACCUGUGCAGGUGGGUGAACCCAUUUAAUCUUCUUAGAAAUCAUGAGUGUGGAACUGGAAAGAUCUGGGUCCCAGUUCUGACUCUACCUCUUACCAUGUGACUCUAGUCAUGUUACUUAACCUUUCCAAUUCUGAAGGAUAAUCACAGUAACUACCUAAAGGGUUGUUGUGACAGUUAAACAAUUCAUCUACAGCAGUUGGCCCAGGACUUCUUAAGACAGAACUUAGGUACAUAAUAACUGUUUGAUAAGUGUUAGCAGCUAAU